CACAGUAUAGACACCAACCAGUAGGCGCACUCCCUGGUUUCUGUUACUCCAUUUAUGACUCGCGCAUCAUUUCCGUGCUCCUAACCUCAAAUUGUUGAGCAGCAUUUCGAAUUCGAGCAUUCGAAAUUUGAAAGUUAAACAGAAGUAAAGGUGAACAUUAGAGACAGUCUCUGGUAAAUUGUAGCAAUUAUAAUCGUGUGAAGUAAAUAUAUUUGUGCAAAAUGGUGAAUUAUUGCAGCGUGUAUAAUUGCAAAAACAGUAGUGUUAAGAAUCCUAAACUUAGUUUUUUUCUCAUACCAGGAGACACUUUCAGGCAAAUGAUUUGGCUUCCAAAAAUGAGAAGGCAAGAAUGGAUUCUGAAAAGACCAGAACUUCUCCACAAAAAAAGAAUAUGAAGUGAGCAUUUUUCUAAAGAAAUGCUAUCUGGAAGUAGAUUAAAAAAGGAUUCUUUUCCAGAUUUAUUCAAAGAAGGCAUUGGUGAGAAAGGGGUGAAUGUAAAUGCUUCAACUUCUGCUUCAACAUCUUCAAUGGAUAUUGAAAAUAAUGAGACCGUAGAUGAAUGCCGUGAGAUUUCUAUAAACCCCAACAUAUAUACUACACCAGAAAAGAAACCAGAAGAAACACAAACAUCUCCUAGUUUGUCUUCAGCCACUCCGAGGAAAAAAAAGUUACAAUCAGUGGUGAAGAAUUUGAAACGAAAAUUAGUUGCAACUCCAGAGAAGAAAUCUGUAGAUAUAAGUGAUGAAGAUUUCAUCCGAUUUUGUAGAAAAAAUUUCAAUUCGACCCUGGCAGAUUUUAUGAUCUCCCAAUUGAAGCUUCGAAAAAGGAAACCUCAUGGCUAUAGGCAAUUUCAUUAAAGACAAGGAAUAUGGACGAUGCAGCAAAGGAUUGCAUUGUGUGUGUUGACGAGAUGUCAAUAAAAACCCAUUUAUUUUAUAACAUCUCAUUGGAUCAAAUUAUUGGAUUUCACCAAUCCAAUGGAAGCAGGUCCUAUGAACCCGCAAAUUGUGUUCUG